GCCGUGUAUAUGUUUUAUGCUUUGGCAAUUGUCUGUGAUGAUUUCUUUGUCCCUUCGUUGGAAAAGAUUUGUGAACGCUUGCAUCUUAGCGAAGAUGUGGCUGGGGCAACUUUCAUGGCAGCGGGAAGCUCUGCUCCUGAGUUGUUUACAUCUGUCAUAGGUGUUUUUAUCACAAAAGGAGACGUAGGCGUUGGAACCAUCGUAGGCUCAGCUGUAUUUAACAUUCUCUGUAUUAUUGGCGUGUGUGGGCUUUUUGCAGGACAGGUUGUUGCACUGUCAUCAUGGAGUCUCUUGAGAGAUUCAAUCUACUAUACACUGUCCGUUGUUGCACUCAUUGUGUUUAUUUAUGACGAAAAAGUUUCCUGGUGGGAGUCGUUAGUCUUAGUGCUGAUGUAUGUCAUCUACAUCGUUAUCAUGAAGUACAACUCAACCAUACAUCACUGCUUCGAAAGGAAGACAAAAAACUCUGCAAAUAUGGUGAACGGUUUAGCAAAUAAUACAGAAAUGGACGAUAACAGCAACUGCGAUGCCACAGUGGUAUUACUAAAGAAAGGUAACUGUUCCAGAAAUUUCCACCGUAAAGCCUCAGUGAUCAUGGUGGAUGAGCUGCUAUCUGCCUACCCACACCAGCUUUCAUUUUCCGAGGCUGGGCUCCGGAUCAUGAUAACGAGCCACUUCCCUCCCAAAACACGUCUCUCCAUGGCCAGCCGCAUGUUAAUCAAUGAGAGACAAAGGCUGAUCAACAGCAAGACUUACACCAAUGGUGAGUCAGAAGUAGCAAUCAAAAUACCUAUCAAGCACGUGGUUGAGAAUGGAACAGGCCCCAGCAACUCCACCGAGCGGGGCGUGAAUGGCACACGGCGGGAUGAAGACAUGGCUGAGGCUGGGAAUGAGACAGAGAACGAGAAUGAGGAUAACGAGAACAAUGAAAAUGAUGAGGAAGAGGAAGAAGAUGAUGACGAUGAUGACCAUGAAGGGCCAUACACACCUUUUGACCUGCCCUCUGGCAAGACAGAAAUCUUGAAGUGGCUCUUCACAUGGCCAUUGAGUUUUGUCCUGUACUUCACAGUGCCCAACUGUAACAAACCCCACUUGGAAAAAUGGUUCAUGGUUACCUUUGCUUCUUCUACCCUCUGGAUUGCAGCUUUCUCCUACAUGAUGGUGUGGAUGGUGACAAUCAUUGGCUACACACUGGGAAUUCCAGAUGUGAUCAUGGGCAUCACUUUCUUGGCAGCUGGAACCAGUGUGCCGGACUGCAUGGCAAGCCUUAUCGUAGCAAGGCAAGGUAUGGGGGAUAUGGCUGUGUCCAACUCCAUCGGAAGCAAUGUUUUUGAUAUUUUAAUUGGCCUAGGCCUCCCGUGGGCUUUGCAGACCCUAGCAGUGAAUUAUGGAUCGUAUAUUCGGUUAAACAGCAGAGGACUUAUCUAUUCUGUUGGUCUCCUGCUGGCAUCUGUUUUUGUCACAGUUUUUGGCGUCCACGUGAACAAAUGGAAACUGGAUAAGAAGCUAGGGUGUGUGUGCCUUUCCCUUUACGGCAUCUUCCUGUGUUUCUCCAUCAUGACAGAAUUCAAUGUUUUCACUUUUGUGAACUUGCCAAUGUGCAGAGAUCACUAA